AUGGGAUUUGGAAAAGAGGGUGUGCUUGCAUGUGAGGAAAGUAAGAUCUACGUGAUUGCGACUGAUGGAGUGGAAGUUAUCACCGGAAGUAUGGAUAAAUCGGUGACAGUGUGGGAUAUGAUUACUGGGAUUGUUGGAAUUACUUCCGUCAAGUUGACGGCAGAUGCAAGCGGGGCCAUUCGUCUAUUCACCAAUCAGGACUACAAAGAGAUAUGGAAGGUCGAAGCACAUCAAACUGCAGUCAUAUCUAUGCAUUGUCAUGGUUCCAAGUUUGAUAGUGGAGAGGCUCGGAUGGUAAAGUUAGAGUAUGGAAUCUAA